CGUGCCAGAAUCACUUGCUCACUCGCUCCCUCUCGACCACACAAAGUUUCGCAGAUUUCGACAGUUUAGCAUUAAAGGAAUGCCUGUCGGAAUUGAAGCGUGGUUGACCCAGAUACCACCAAUAACGCGUGCUUGGCUAGCACUAUCUGUCGCCACGAGUUUAGCAGUGCAAUGUCAACUCGUAACACCUCUGCAGUUGUAUUUUAGUUUUAAAUCAGCUUUUACCAAUGCACAACCGUGGCGUAUGGUCACGACAUUCUUUUACUUUGGAUCAAUAUCUCUCGACUUCAUAUUCCAUCUUUUCUUCUUCAUGCGAUAUAGUCGGAUGCUAGAAGAAUCUUCAUUUGCCAACAGAAAGGCCGAUUACUUUUGGCUGCUUCUGCUGUCAUCCGUGAUGUUAUUGGCCAUGUCGCCCUUGUUCAAUCUUCCCUUUCUCUCCUCUUCACUCGCCUUCGUGCCAAUAUAUAUGUGGUCCCGUCGGCAUCCAUCCACACCAAUAUCGCUCUUUGGGUUGUUCACAAUCUCUGCGCCGUACUUGCCAUUAGCUCUUGUGAUGUUCUCCUGGGUCAUAAGCGGAACAUGGAAGGCGGCGGCUGGAGAUCUAAUUGGGUGUGCGGUCGGUCAUGUUGCAUGGUUCCUGCGGGAUGUCUGGCCAAGAGAGAUGGCUGGAGGGAACUCGCUACUGACCGAGGCGCCUGAUGGACUGAGGAGAUUAUUCGGAGACCUCUGAUCCGGUCUUCACAUUUCAUGUUCCUUCCUGGGAUAGAAAGAGUUGCAUUGCUGCCUACUGAGGCGACAAGAGAUAACGAUAUGAAUUCAUUGCUUCAAUGAAGCAACGACCUUACGUCCUGCAGUCGGGACCGUGAAAGUGCCUGUUAUAUAAAUCCCAUUUGUCCUUGUGCAUCAUUAGCAUAGCCCCUCUCAAGAUACUUAUCUGUCGCUGCUGUCGACGAAUCUCACCACCUUUUGUAUUGCCUCGCCUCGUAUUCAGGGAAAGAGACUAUAAGUACUGUCGCG